UUGUAAAUGAUUGAAGUGUUGUGUGUUGGAUGACUGUACAUUGUUUAACCCAGGAGAUUGUAGCCACCACCAGAUCCCCCCCUCCCCAUGUCCUCGUGCUCCUUUUGUUGCGUGCGUCUGCUGCUGCCGUUGGCUGCUGCGCCGCUGCUGGUUGCCUUGCCUGCAGCUGCUCUGCUGUUCUGCUAGGCGCUGCUACUGAUGUUUCCUGCUGCCGCUAGCUGCUGCUCCUCCUGUUGUUGCUGCUCCAUGCACUACUGGCCCGUCGCUGCUACUGCUGAGUGCUGGCCAUGGCCGAGCGGCUGUGUGUGCGCGCGCGCGCACACGCGUGCGUGCGUGCGUGUGUGUCAUGUAACACCCAUGUGCUGGAACAUUUCAUUCCCUUGUGAAAUUAAUCGUUUAUGUGUAUGAAACAAAAAUGUUCAGUUUUAGUGUCCAGUUCACUGCCAAUUCUCUUCCUGCUUUUGUCGUGACCAUGCAAAUCAAUUAUCAUGUGGAUCGACUAUGGCUUGCUUACCUUGCAUUGAGUUUAUUUUGUUGUUUGUGAUAUAGUAAGCUCAUCUAUCAUGGAUUGUUACUUUGAUUUUUUAGAUGUAAACAGUUUCUCACACCUUCCUACUAACUUGACCAUUACCUGCUUAAUUACAACGUUUGGACCGGCACCUUCGCACCAAGGCGCACACUCAGCUCACCGCAAGUACACCUACGCCGCCGCCUCCCCGGGGGGCUGCAAGGUGAAGUGGACGGCCGAGGAGAAGCCGCACGGUGGGGCUGGGCUCUCAAGUGGGAGGCGGAGCUCGCCUCCCCCCAACAACGUUAGCUUUGAUCACAAGUGGAAGUGGGAGCCCAAGUCCAAGCCCGGUGCCGCCAGCAAGGCCAAGACCAAGCUCGAGGAAGCCAACGAGGAUGACAAGAAUAUGCCGGCGAUGAAGUGCACGCACAUCGAGGAGGUCCUCGCCGGCUGCAACGCCAUCCGCAAGGAUGAUGACUAUCUAAUGGUGAUUCCCUAUUCCCACAUUUUUUGCCCUCAUGUUGCAAGCUCUAAAGCUGCCCCUGCAAUUUACCAUCACAAGACAUGUCUGGGCAGCAAGUCUCCUGUGACGGUUACUUCUAAUUCGUUGUUACAAUUGUUUGAUGGUUUGCUUGUUCCAACCUCGAUAUCAUGGUUUGCUUGUUCCAACCUCGAUAUCUGCCUUUAGAUUCCCGUUGUUGUCUUUGUAGUGGAAGGUACCACCUGGUGGUAUGUUGUUAUUUUCACUUUGUUCUGAACAAGGCAUGUAUAGAUUUCAGAUUUUAGUUCCUAUCUCUCUGUCAUAAAAACUAAUGUAUGGUCCUGUGUUUUAUCUCUGGUUGUA